UGUAGCACAAAAACUGUGAAUCCUUUGAGAGCCUAUCCUACCUCAAUCCGAAAGUAACAGACAAUUUGCAUUGUGUUCAGGCGACGCAGUUUCAUGUUUCGUUCGGUCUGCCCCAACGUAUCGCUUCGGACGCAUCAACCUCUUUGGGUAUCUUAUCGAGAUAGCAGCUCACCGGAGCCUCGUACGCUUUGUGUGUUCCACCGGAGAAGCUUAUCGCCAUUUCUGCCGUUGCCGCUUAGAUCGGCGCCAACAUCAUUCGGUCCAGUAGCAGGGACGAAGGUUGUGUUUGGAUCAAGACUUUGAAGCAUGGAGAUUCUGCACCUGUUCGCUGUCUUACUGACUGUUCGUUUCUCAUCCGUGCCUUGGAGUAAUGCCCAACCAGACGGCAAACCGAACAUAGUUUUCAUACUCGCCGACGAUCUGGAUGAAGAGCUCGGUGGAAUGAAACCUUUGCUCAAGACGCGACUCCUCUUGGAAGACGGCGGGAUGCAGUUCACAAAUGCGUACGUGACUACUCCGCUAUGCUGUCCGAGUCGCGCGAGCAUCUUGACGGGAAGAUACGCCCACAACGCCUUCGUUCGUAACAACACUCUGGCCGGAAACUGCAGCUCCACCCAGUGGCAGCGAUGGACCGAACAGCUCAACUUCGCCGUCGACUUGCAGCGGGCGGGCUACGAAACAUUCUACGCCGGCAAGUACCUUAAUCAAUACGGCCACAAAAGCGCUGGAGGAGUGGAGCAUGUUCCCCCUGGGUGGGACAGCUGGAACGCUCUGGUUGGCAACUCGGUGUACUACAACUACACGCUUUCUGUCAACGGCGUUCCCGAGCACUACGGUGACAACCCCUUCAAGGAUUACCUCACCGAUGUGAUUUCUGAGAAGGCCGCCAACUUCCUCCGGCCCAGAACCAACCAGUCCAAGCCGUUCUUCAUGUUCCUGUCUCCCCCGGCGCCACACCAGCCGUUCACGCCGGCCGUAAGACACAGGAACGCCUACAACGGGGUGCAGGCGCCUCGAACGCCCAGUUUCAAUGUCAGCUCCAACGCUACGAAACAUUGGUUGGUGCGCCAGGCCAUUCAUCCCAUACCCGAUGCGGUUGUGUCUUGGAUCGACGAAACUUUCAGAAACAGGUGGCGCACGCUGCUCGCUGUGGACGAUCUGGUCUCAGAGGUCGUGGGUAUCCUGGCGUCGAAGAAGCUGCUCGCAAGCACCUACGUGUUUUUCACGUCGGACAACGGAUAUCACCUGGGGCAGUUCUCCCAGCCCAAAGACAAGCGGCAGCCGUACGAGACAGACAUCCACGUGCCACUCCUGGUGCGAGGCCCCGGAAUUCCGGCAGGAAGGGUAGAACAGUCCAUAGUACUGAACAUCGACCUGGCCCCGACAUUCCUGGACCUGGCGGGGCUCCCGAGCAGAGAGGACAUGGACGGAACGUCCUUCGGGUCCCUCCUGGUGCACAUGCGCUCCGGAUCCACGGCCCCUGGACGCCUGAGCUUCCUCGUGGAGUACACGGGAGAGGGCAAGGCGCAGGACCUGUCCCAGUGCCACGCACCUUACGGCCUAGCGAGUUGUGAUCCGCAAGUCCAGUGCGAGUGCGAGGACGCCUGGAACAAUACUUUCCUGUGCACAAGGUACAUCGCCCCCACGGCCAACUCAAAGUUCUGUAUCUUUCAUGACGACGAGGGUUUUGUGGAAAGCUACAAUCUCGCCAACGAUCCCCACGAGCUGCGAAACUUGUUUGUGCAACCCGGUCUUUGCAAUGAAGACGUGCGUGAAUCUUUCAAGUGCAUCGAACAGCUGAGCCAGUGCAACGGAAGAGAGUGUCUGAUGAACUGCCCACCGUGGAUCCCGGCCACUGACAUUGCGAGAGAGUCGGCAGCUUCAUCCGGAUGGUCCUGACGAGAGUUUGUAUGCUGAUGUAAGCCACCUGAACGUGACGGCUCUCGCUAGAACGUAUACCAUGAAACAAGGCCUACCUAUCAACUCAGUGACUUAUAUGUUGCUCGAAUAAUUUGUUGCGCUAGACCAUGCUUAAUAAAUGCAGUUUUCUUUUUAUUGCCAUUUUCAUAAAUGGCACUUUUCUCU